ACAAUAGCAACACUACACACACUUUCUCUCUCUCAUUUCAUCGUUGAGUCUGAAAAUCAGAAAACGACAUCGUAGAAUAAUAUGCAAGGUCUACGGCGUUACUCAAACGACGUGGUUCAACUAGACCUAGGGAGUCCCACAACAACAACAACCAUGAGUACAACUACAAACUCAUCUUCCUCUUUAUCCAUCGACGUUGACGAAUCCGCCGAAACAAGAAUCCAACGCCUCAUAUCAGAGCAUCCUGUCAUCAUCUUCACACGUUCCUCCUGUUGCAUGUGCCACGUCAUGAAGAAGCUUCUUUCCACCAUUGGUGUUAAUCCAACUGUCAUCGAAUUAGAUGAUAACGAGAUCGCUUCACUCUCUCACUCCGACGACCACGACGAUCAUCUUGCUUCCGCCCUCCGUAACCGCUCUCCCGCCGUCUUCAUCGGCGGAACAUGCGUCGGCGGUCUUGAAUCCCUCGUCGCGCUCCACGUCAGCGGUCAUCUCGUUCCUAAACUCGUUCAAGUCGGUGCUCUUUAUGUAUGAUAUCAAUUUCAAUUUCAAUUUCAAAUCAAAUCCAAUCAAUUCUCCUUAUAUAAUCUUUAUUAUUAUUAUUAUUAUUAUUAUUAUUAUUAUUAUUAUUAUUAUUAUUAUUAUUAGUUACCUAAAAAUCCCCAAAAAUAUAACUAAUUGUAUAAUUUUGGGUAGUCUAUGUGAAAUGAAAUCUCAAUUUCAAUUUGUUUUUUUCAUUGUUGUUAUUGAAGUGUAGAGAGUGUGGGUGGUCAAAGGAGGAAUAGAGAGUAUUAUUUGGGUGUGUGUGAAUGGGACACGUGUUAGGGGAGAGCAUCUAUCAUCAGUGUCACAACUUUGUUUAUUUAGAAAUUUAGUGCAUCUUUAAUUUCACGGUUAGUUUAUUAAAA